ACCUCCAUGGAUCUACUUGUGGUUCUGCUGCUCUGUCUCUCCUGUUGGCUUCUCCUUUCUCUCUGGAAACAGAAUCCUGAGAAGGGGAAGCUCCCGCCUGGCCCUCAUCCUCUCCCUUUUAUUGGAAAUAUCCUACAGAUAGAUGUGAAGAACAUCGGCAAAUCUUUAUGCAGUCUCUCAAAAACCUAUGGCCCGGUUUUCACUCUGUAUUUGGGCAUGAAGCCUGUUGUUGUGCUGCAUGGAUAUAAGGCAGUGAAGGAAGCCCUGAUUGAUCUAGGAGAAGAGUUUUCUGCAAGAGGAAGUUUCCCAUUAGCUGAAAGAAUUAAUAAUGGGCAUGGAAUCCUUUUCACCAAUGGAAAGACAUGGAAGGAGAUACGGCGCUUCUCCCUCAUGACCCUGCGGAAUUUGGGGAUGGGGAAGAGUGGCCUUGAGAGCAGAGUUCAAGAGGAAGCCUACCACCUUGUAGAAGAGUUGAAAAAAACCAACGCUUUACCCUAUGACCCCACUUUUAUCCUGGGCUGUGCUUCCUGCAAUAUGGUCUGCUCCAUUAUUUUCCAGAAUCGUUUUGAUUAUACAGAUCAGACCUUAAUUGGCUUCCUGGAAAGAUUUAAUGAAAACAGCAAGAUUUUGAGCUCCCCAUGGAUCCAGGUCUACAAUAUUUUCCCUGCUCUCAUUGACUAUCUCCCAGGAAGUCAUCACAAAAUAUAUGAAAAUCUUGCUUAUACAAAAAAUUAUAUUUUGGAGAAGAUGAAAGAACAUCAAGAAUCCUUGGACACUAACAAUCCUCGGGACUUCAUUGAUUAUUUCUUGAUCAAAAAAGAACAGGAAAACCACAAUCAGCAGUUGGAGUUCACUUGUGAAAACCUGGUAGCCACUGCAAGUGAUUUGUUUGGAGCUGGGACAGAGACAACAAGCACCACCCUAAGAUAUGCUCUGUUGCUCCUGCUGAAACACCCGGAAGUCACAGCUAAAAUCCAGGAAGAGAUUGACUGUGUAAUUGGCAGACACCGGAGCCCCUGCAUGCAGGACAGGAGCCGAAUGCCCUACACGAAUGCAGUGUUGCAUGAGGUCCAGAGGUACAUUGACCUUAUCCCAGUCGACGUGCCUCAUGCAGUGACCUGUGAUGUUAAAUUCAGAAACUAUGUCAUCCCCAAGGGCACAAACAUAUUAAUAUCAAUGACUUCUGUGCUACAUGAUGACAAAGAAUUCCCCAACCCAGAGAUAUUUGACCCUGCCCAUUUUCUGGAUGAUAGUGGCAACUUUAAGAAGAGUGACUACUUCAUUCCUUUCUCAGCAGGAAAACGGAUGUGUGUGGGAGAAAGCCUGGCCCGUAUGGAGCUGUUUUUAUUCCUGACCUCCAUUCUACAGAAUUUUACCCUGAAACCUGUGGUCGACAUAAAGGACCUUGACACCACGCCCAUCACCAAUGGGUUUCAACAUAUCCCACCCCCCUACCAGCUGUGCUUCAUUCCUUUGUGAGGAAGGGCAGACCGUCUGGCUGCUGCUGUGCUGUUGUAAUUCCUCCUCCUCUUGGGUGUCACCCACCUCCUUCUCACUACUGGGGAUGCUUUCUGUGACCUCUCACCUCAUAAUUCCCUGUUGCCUCCACACACACUGAACAUCCAGCCUCCAUUAAAGGAGAGUUUCCAGAAUUUCAUUGCACAAA